AUGAUCAUGGUCAUUGGAUGUCUGUUUGCAAUGUGGACAUCACUAUUGCUCUGCUUCAAGGGCGAGAUACGUCUUGGUCGUGGCAUUGGCAUGGCAUUCUUCUCAGUCAUUUGGAAGGCAUUCGCAGUGUUUGGCCGCGUGGUACUAUUGAUCAGGGUACUGUUCUUUGCCAUCAAGGAUGGCGAGUGGGACACACCAUCGAGAGGCAAGUCAAACAAUCAUUUGAUCGAGUUGGCUUUGUUGAUCGACUACAUCUAUGUUGGUCUACCAUUGGGUGUGCUCACCAUCGUCGAGUUGAUCUGGUAUCCACAUCGAGCUGUGAUUGCCAAUCACACAUUCUGGCAACUAUUCAAAGUCAGUGGAUUGGCCGUGGAUACCAUCUCACUCUCAGUAUUCCUAAUGUUUGCAAUAUGGCCACGUCUUCGUAAUCGUGGCGAAACGUCAAUAUGA